AUGAUUGUCUCAUGCGCUGCGGAACGUGCGGCUGCAAUCCUCGACUUCCAAUGGAAUCAGGAGUCUGGAAACACUUUGGCAAUACGUCAAUGGGAUGAGUACCUUCAUGUCGAGUCCGAAGCCAACGUUGGCGAGUCCGAAGCCAACGUUGACACUGUUGCCCAGCCGCCUGCAGCUACGGAGCCGACCGAUGCUCAGGGUCCAGGAAACAAGUAUGUGCCCAGAAGCCCGUACGAAAGCGAAGCAGUGACCAUCAACAUCGGCGCAGAUCCAGAAACCCGCCGCUUCGUCGUCCCAAGGGCCAUCGUGGAGAGGCACCCAUCUCUUCUGAAAUGCAACUACUACGAAUUUGUUCCGGAAGUAGACGGUUAUGAACGUCUCCUACUUGAACUGGAGCUGAAAGAUGUGCACCCGGACGCCGGCCACACGCUUGUCCAUUAUCUCCAUACAGAGGUUUUUGAAAGUCUGCAAUACGCGCAGUCACCGACAAGUUCCGAGACGGAGACCGAAUACAUGAUCGUUCUUCGGGUCUAUAGUGCCGCAGUCAGGUACGAGCUGGCUGGCCUUGCUAAGCUUGCCAAGGGCCUUUUACUGGGUUUUGACGACGAUAUCCCUGUUAUUCGGAUGAUUGAGAUCGUGGCCGAGGUCUUUCCCGGGAUUUCCAAGCACGAGUGGUUCGCAGACCAUCUCAUCGACGAACUCAGGAAAAGCUUUGAUGAUAAUGAGACACUUUUCCGGACAAGCAGGUUUCAGGCCGUGUUCGGGCUCGAUACGGAAUUUGCGCCUUUCCUUGCGCGGGUAAUGGCAUCUGUUCUGACGGACAAACUGGCGGAUGCGCGGCUUGCGGCAGGCUACAACAUCAAGGAAGAUAAAGGCUUCAAGCCCCAGCCCGGAACUGAGUUGAACAAGGUAUCACCUUCGCUAGGGGCAAGAAGUGAUGACGGCACUACUGUCGUGCUCACUCCGCCCUCAAGCGUCGGAGUGGAGGAAGACGCUGCUGCCAGAAUCGCUUGGGUCCCACGUUUCCGUCGGUAG